GAAAGAGGCUUCAAAGCGGCUUCGGAAUAUGUUAAUAUGCGUUAGCUCACGUUAAAUUCCCUUUGUUUUCAUCAAUACAGUUUUACGCUGUAGUCUGUUUCAGAGUCAUUGUAUUGAUACAAUGGGGUCGAGGUCCCGAUCUCGUAGUACUAGUCCAACUCGUAUCGACCAGUUCGGACGAGUAGUACCCAAAAAGCGUAGUCAGAGUAGAGAAGGAUCUCAAAGAUCAAGGAGCAAAAGUGCCCGUAGGAGUCGAAGUCGAAGUCCAUUCAGAGGACAAAGAGGUCCGAAAAAUCGUCGUAGCAGGAGUCCUAAGCCAGUGCUAAUGAGAAACAUUCCUAAAAACAAGCGUCGGGUCUUCAAAAGGGACAGUCAUGACCGGCUGGUUUCGGUGUCACCUUCCUCAUCGUCAUCUAGGUCACCUACACCCCCACGAUUCCCGCGGUAUGUCCAUACAAAAAGUCUAACAAGUGAAACCAACGUGAAUGAUCCAGACCUGAUGAAGUCACGAGUUUUUAUCGGAAAUUUGCCGUAUGACAAAAUAACAAAGGCUGAAAUGGAAGAAAUCUUUUCCAAAUAUGGAAAGAUUCUAGGUAUUUCGAUCCACGAGCGAGGGUUUGGGUUUGUCCAGUUUGAGAAGGUAGACGACGGACUGAGAGCCGUAGAGGUAGAGAACGGAGGAUUGCUGAAAGGAAAGCGAAUCGACGUCAAGAUGGCAAUGGCUGGUAGGAGAUCAGGCCCUCCAAAACCCCCAGGAGGACCUGGAGGACGAUCACCACCCCCUGCAGGCUAUGACCGUGACCGUGAUCGUGACCGUGACCGUGACAGAGGAUUGCCACCUCCUCUACUUGGGAGAGAUGGGCGGUUGAAUCCACUUAGACUUGGGGCAGUGGAUCCAUCUGAUAAGGAAAGCUACCCUCCACCACCGGGAGGUGGCAGAGCCCUGCCUCCUGAACGGGAAAGGUCACCCCUGAGAGGUGACCCCUACGAGGACCGGUACAGAGAUCCUUACAGAGAUGCUGCUUUACCCCUACCCCCUGUCCGUAGGGAUGACCCGUACUACGACCGUGACCCCUACAGACGUCCACCCCCACCUGAUGACCCCUACUUUGACAGAUAUCGAGAUGAUCCCUACAGAGUACCAAGACGAGAUCCUUAUGCUGACCCCUAUAGAGAUCCCUACUUCAGAGAACCCUACCCAUCAGCUUAUGAUCCACCUCCACCACCAAAACGAACUCUUCCCAUUGACUGUGAAGUUAUCAUCCUUAACACACAGCUUAAGAAUUACGCUGAGUUUUUGGAGAGAAAGUUAAAGGCAAUCCCAUUAUUUUCCAAAGUUGUUGUGAUUUCUGAAGAUCGCACAAUUCAGCAGAUGAUAGAGGAGGCUACAAAGCGAAAUGUCUUGUUUGCAAUUGUUGUAAACAGCCAAAAUGAAGCGCACCAGUCUUUGACGCUGAACAUACUCCAUGGGACACCGCAAGAACACAGAAAUAUGCCAGUAGAAGAUGCCGUAACAUUGAUCAGUCGGAGUUUUGAUCAAUACACCAAAACGUCCAGAGAGAAAGCUAGCGUGGCCGUUCCUGCAGCCCCCGCGGCACCCGCUGCUGCCGCCCCAGCCCCUGCUGCCCCCGCUGCAAGGAGUUCUGGCCCCUUUGUACCCCCUAGCUCAGAUUUAUUAUAUCUGUUGAAUCUCCUGGCCGACAGUAGACAGCUGACAGUGGAAGAGCUAGAUAAAGUUAUAUCAUAUCUUCAUGAAAGACGAGAGAAGCAAAUGGGAGCAGAUGGCCGUCAUUUGCCCAGGAUGGAAGAUGGUCGGGGAGGCUAUGGAGAACAGAGGAAAGAAGAGUCGGCCACUCUACAAAGGGAGCAACAAGAGCUACAGGCAAAGAUCCUCAGUAUUCUAAAUGGCCCUGGCGAACUUGGCCAGGUAGCAGGGUUGCCCAAGGCUCCUCAACGGUCAGGCCAUCCAGCACCACUUAUGGGUAAUGGUGCAUCACAGCAAGGAGGGCAGGGCGGUAUGUCAUCCCUCAUCAAUUUCGACAGUCCCAGUGUUCAGAAGGCACUUGACAACCUCAUCCAGAGUGGGCCCAACUUGCUGAAGACCAUCUCCACGCCCCAAGGGCCAACAAUGGCACAAAGGGCCCCACUGAUGUCUCGUCCUGAGCACACGCAGCAGCAACAGGGCUUAUUGUCACGCGAGUCAUUCAGCGGGAUGGCUGGAGGAAUGAUCAGUGGCCACGGUCCUGCUGGAGCACCACCUCAGCAGAGACCCCAGUAUGGUCAACAGAUGGGGAUGCAAGGAGUAGCACCUAGACAGGCACCUCCUCCACCUGGUCGAAGGCCAUUUUGAAAUGUUAAGAACAAUGUCUAGUCUUCAGUCAUCAUCACUUAAAUCAGACUUGGAUAGCAUAGUUGUCAUUUUCAAAACAUUUCUUGCUUUUCAUGAGUGGAUAUUUUACUGAUCCGAAUGCCCAUGUUGUUAUUGUUGUAUAAAAGUCAUCACUUUCACUGAUAAUAUAAAUUGACGCUGGAAUUUUACGUAACCUUUAUGUCAAUCAUGGCUUCUUGUAGAAUUUUUUAAUGUACAUUAUGUGAAAUUAUUUUACCAUUUCUUGUAAAAGUGUCGGUUACUUAUAUGGAUAUGAAAGUGUGUAAAAAGAACAAAUAAAACAUGUGACAUUGCGCUUGUGUUUUAUGUGUAUGCAAGUACAAGAAAAUUAAAGAAAAAAAGGAAACGCCA